AUGGGUUUAAUUAAAAAGACUACAGGCCUGAUGGGCCUCGCUGUAAAUCCAAAUCCUCAUCAUACUCUGGGUGCUUUGUAUGGUAAAAUUAUAAGAACACUACAAAAAAUGCCAGAAGAAUCUGUUUAUAGAAAGUACACUGAACAAAUUGUUAGAGAAAGAGCCGCUGUGCUACAACAGACAAAGGAUAGCUUUGAAAUAGAACAGAAAAUUAACUGUGGACAAGCAGAGGAGUUAAUUAUACAAGCUGAAAAUGAGCUAAAUUUAGCCAGAAAAAUGCUCAAUUGGAAACCAUGGGAGCCUCUUGUGGCAAAACCACCCAAGGGUCAAUGGGACUGGCCACCAUCAAAAGCCUAA